UAACCUACUGUCACUAAAACGCGCGUUAACCUACUGUCACUAAAACGCGCUUGCAUAUAUUUGCACGUCCCAAUUCGUCAAACCUUACCUUCAUUAAUACAUUUUUCUUGAUUAAUUGCUUCCUCUGAAGCUUGUACCUGCUUGGCUGACUGAGCAGUAGCACUUACAGCCAUUUUAUCUUCCUAAAUUGUGUUUUAUGGCAGUUGGUAAGUCGCGUCUCAUCCACCAUUGUAUGAAGUAAAACCUUAUGAAGUCUGUUUAGCCCAGUUCUGGACGUAAUUUAUUAUUCAAUAAAUGGUUAAAGGAUAAAUAGAGUACUCUUUUUCGAUAAUGUCUUGACCUACCUGAGAAAAAGUCAUUCUGUGGUUUCCAAGUAACUUUACAAGCUUGUCCUAGAUGGCUUGUCUAAAGCUGUAUCAAUGGUUCAGUGACAAACUAAAUACAUAGAAUUUCUUCCCUAUCGAUUUUUACUAGUUAUUCUACCGGUAUGUUCUCAAGCCCCAACUUUGUGUCUGAACUAUUACGAGCAAUCUCGGAAUUGGUAUUGAAUGUCUCAUAAUGAAUCAAUUACUUGGUAAUUCAUGUAUUCAAAAGAUGAUCGUCCCUACUAUUUUGUCCUACAUGAUUUUUUUUCGAGGGAUUUCCAAGAGCUAAGGAUACCAUUGUUUUACAUAUUGAACGAAAAUUGCUGCAGGCUGCCUGACAUCUUAUUAUUACAAGCAAGAAUGUUUCAUCCAGAGAAUGUGAGCCUCUAAUUAGACUGACACACGGGAAUUCCACAGUCUCGUUCACUGAGACUUUGGCAGUCAGCAAUUCAAUAGUUUUGGUCAAUCGACACUUCGUAUGAAACUUAGUUAUGUCUGCCAUGACCCAAGAAACUGAUCUGUACGCCUUCAUAAUGGAAAAUUCGUACUGAGAUUAGAGAUUUCUAAUGACCCUUUCUUCUGUUUGGCUUCCAAACGAAAUGUUUUAAAAAGUGGAUCGCUUGCUAAGCGUAGAAAGUCAAUGCUAAGCUUCUUUCUUCGCAUCCUAUUUCAAUAGGCCAGAAGUCUCAGGUAUUCAAUUUUCUCUACACGAUUCUGGCUAAUAUUAUUUUUUUUUUCUUUCCUAUUUCGUCUGCAAGAGUAUUUGUAAAUACAUUUAUAUUUACAUCUAUUUUAACUUAUUUUAUUUUUUAUCUUAACAAAAAGAAUAUACAUAGAAAUUCAAAUGAUCUCUGUCUGGGUUUGACGUCUGAAUGUUUACGCCCAUGACGUUCUAUCCUUCGCACCUACUUCCAAGUGUAUCCAAGAAACUACUCAUAACGCCUUUUUGUCGACACUAAAAAUGACUUCCUUCCGCUCUCAAUUUUCCUCUUUGUCUCUAUUUUUUCCUGGCUCAAUUUCAUGUGAAUCUGGUCCAACCGCUACUGCCAUUAAAACUACGAAUCGCUUCAAAUUGAACUAUCGUCAAAUCUUCACUGGAAGCUCUCUUGGCUUAGCCGCAGGGUUUGCACUUGGAAAAUUCGGUCAACUAUUUAUUGUAGCUUGCUCAAGUGUCCUUGCUACCAUUGCUUAUAUUAAUACAAAAGGCUUGAUCAGAAUAAAUUGGUCCCGAAUCCAAAGCAGAUUUAUCGGACAGACUGAACGGUUUGGUGAUCUUAGUACAAACGUUUCAGAACAUUUGCCGGCUCAGUCAACAUUCACUAGUAUACGGAACUGGGCUUUGACCAACCCUUGCUUUAAAAUGAGUUUUCUUUCAGCGUUUUACGUCGGUUUAUCCUCUGCUUGAUCCAUCUCUUUGAUGUUGAAAGAUCUGCAUCCUUUCUAUUUUCAUGAACUACGCUACGAAAGCCUUCCUUACUUUAUGGUAUCUCUCUUUGUUCGUGUCUUUUCAUACAUACCCUCUUAUAAGUUGACAAGCACAAGAUUUCAGCGAUGAAUGAGCUGGUAGAAUGACUCCUUCAUUUCGUUCCUUGUUCGAGGAAUGAACCAUGUAAAGUUAUGAAACUACACACGAAACAGUGAGACAUUACAGUUCCUGGAAAUCAGUAAUCAUGCUUGCUUAAUUUUAUUUGACGCUUCAUAAACAAAGUACAAAAACAGAUCCGCAUUAAUAAAUUUUCUAAAUAUUUA